AAAUUAAUGAUAUCUUAUCAAAUAAAGAACUUUCAAAAUCAAGUUAACUUUUGCGCCAUACAGAAAAUCUCUAGCUAAGAGACCAGUUAGUUUUCUGGACAAAUAUGAUAAUUGGACAGUUUUUUCAUAUCUACUUUCUUGUCUAUGUCCAAUGUUUUCCAUGACUCUUAAAAUCGGUACCCCGCCAAAGUUUUUAUACGUUUGUAGAGAAAAAUAUUAAUAAUAGUUGUAACAUAGUUAAUAAUACGUCAGAAGUAAUUUGAAUAAUCAUGGAUGAAGCCGACAACGCUCAAAUAAUUGUUAUACCAGAUGAUGUUUGUAAAAAAGCAGGCAUUACGACAACUUGGAUAAAUAGCAACAGAUUUGGAAUACACGCGUACAAACAUGUAGACCAACGAUCACAAGAUAUUGAAAGUCAGUUUGCACCAUGUGAUGCCAAAGUACAUUUUAUUCGGCCAGAAAUCAUAUUAUUUUCACCACUCUUGCGUAAAUUGGUCAAUGAGAGUAAUGGUAUCUUUCUGUCAGUUCAAAAACUUAAAUCUUCUUCUGGUGACAUUAAACCAGAACUUCUUAAACACAGUAAGCAGUAUAGAUCCAUAUUGAGAGCUUGUGUUGAAAACUUACAAGAGAUAUUACCGAAAGAAACACUGCCAGAAGAAAAGACAAUGCUGGAAAAUUUUCAACUUAUAUUUUAUCAAGUAGAAUGCAUUUGGCAUUUAACAGAAAUUCUUUAUGUCGAUGCUGUACCAGGUGAUGUUGUGUUACCACAGUUAUUGGAAUGGAUCAGUUUUCAUUUUCCCUCAAGGGAGCUGGCGGCAUCAAAGAUCUUAUCGCAGAAAACUAUUGGUGCCGAUUUGGAGAAUCUGAAUUAUUGGGAAGCUGUAAUAGGUUGCGCAUUGCAUGGAAAAUUAAAUCUGGUUUGCCGUCUCCUAGCGUUGCACAGCAAAGCAGAUCAUUCGGCGUUCAUCACUGCAGAUAAUAUUAUCAGGACAAUGCCGGUGUAUAAUGUGUACGGCGGAUAUUCCGUGAACGAAUUUAUUACCCGGUGGAAACACUGGCAAAUGGAUCUCUGCUCCAAUCUAGAAAGCAAUUAUUUUGCUAGGGAUAGUGAUUUGGAGACACUCAUGAAGUUAAUAGCAGGAGAUGAAUCAAUAUUGUGGGAAUAUUCCAAGUAUACAGAUGCGUGGUAUGAAUUAUUGGCAGCAAAAUUAUUUUAUACUGCUCCUUGCUGCAAGCAACAGGAACUUUCGCGCUACGCGAACAGUGUUGCUGAGAGAUGGCAAGCUAAUCGACACUUAGACCGCAUAAUUCUUGCUUUAAUGGAAAACGACUUGUAUCAAGUCAUUAAAGAAAUACAGUAUAUGAGUGAUAACGGCUGGUUUGCAGCUCAUUUGAUAGAUUUACUGUACAAAUGUGGAAAAUUGAAUAUUUUGAAUCAGGAAAAGGCUAAUGUAACUGCGCAGCUUCAUGAGUCUCUGAUAUUGGAGUACGCAACUACGUUAAUGAGCCAUCGCUCGUUGUGGCAGUGUGGCGCGAGUUACUUGAUUCAUUGCCCUAUGCAAGGUUUGGCCAGAUUAGAGAUUCUCUUGCAAUCGCUGCCGACAGGCACAGAAGCGAGAGUUAAUAAGAUCAUCGACGUCGCACGAGACAAUAACAUGCUGCACGUUGUUAGCAGUAUAUGCAAGAUCCAAGGAAUGAAGAGCAUAAAACAAGGCAGGCUGGGCAAUGCUCUCACGUGGGCGCUCAGGGCACACGAUGGCAACUUUAUUACGUACAUCGCGGACGAAUUUCUAAAAUGUUACGCGGAACACGGAGAACUGGAGUGUCGCGAUUUGCUGGAGAACUUGGGUUCCUGCAUGUUGGCUAGCGAUAGGCUCACAUUUUUAGGGAAAUAUUGUGAGUUUCAUAAAAUGUACACAAUGGACGAGUUUCGUGAGGCAGGAAAUUUAUUGGUGUCUCUUCUGGUCUCGAAUCUGACACCGAAAUAUUUUUGGUCUAUUCUGCUUACGGACGCUAUACCACUGUUGGAAGCAGAAGAUGUUAUUUUCUCCUCCAAUGACUGCUACGAAUUACUACGUUGCGUAGAAGCUCAUGGCAACGAUCCGAAGUUUCAAGACAAGGUCUCCAUCUUUCGAAUAGGCGUUGCACGAAACCUGGCACGAGCUUUAAGUUUAGAAGGCUGUCAGGCCGAACAUUGACGAAUCAACUUUUGUAUAAAGUAACAUCAAUAUCUUUUUUUAAAUAAAUCUGUAAUUAUCUUUAUUCUUUUUAAA